GAAAUAUAAUAUAAUUACACAAACAGAACAAAUAAGAAUUAAGUUACCUGAAUCGCUUAACCGAGGUCUGUGACUGUAAGCUCUCUCCGUCACUAUUUAAAGAAAUGAAGAAGGGACUGCACCCUCAGCUGCAAUGGGUUUCCUAUGUGACCCCGUGCGGCAGAUUGAUGCAUGCUACGAUGACAAAAAUACACCAUGUCGGCAAAGUGUACCAUCUUAGGGCAAAACGCCAAAUGGCUGAAAGUAUUGGACAGGUUGCUAAGUUUAAACGUCGUUAUGGGCAGCAGGAGAAUACUGAAAACAAUGAAAAAUGAAGCAAAAAUGCGCGGAGAAGUUAGAUAUUUGCAGCUAGACUUAAAUUUCUAUUUUCAGAAAUAAACCAAAACCUGGUGCUUUGAAGCACAUCAUUUUGCUGCUCCAUGUGUGCUUAGAUUUUAAAUAAAUUUCCAUUUUGAUUAUAGUAGUGAGGCAACACAAUUUGGAAGUUAUUUUGAGUAAUUCAAUCAAGUAUUUUGACUGCUUGCAUAUUUACAGUUGCUUCAGUUCACAAUUUUUAUUGUACCCUAAACUAUGAGUAAAUCACACCAUGAUUCAUGAGCAGUUUGUUUCGUUAACCGUGAAAUAAAGUUAUUCAUCUGAUUA